ACACAAUCUCUGAGAUCAUUCAUGUUCUUCACUCUCUGCAGGUUGAUUGAUUGUAGUAUUGGAGAGGAACGCUGUGCUGCUCUGAUUUCUGCUCUGAGAUCAAACCCCUCACACCUGAGAGAACUGGAUCUGAGCAGUAAUAAACCAGGAGACUCAGGAGUGAAGCUGAUCUCUGCUCUACUGGAGGAUCCACACUGUAAACUAGAGAAACUAUGGUUGAUUAACUGCAGUAUUGGAGAGGAAGGCUGUGCUGCUCUGAUUUCAGCUCUGAGAUUAAACCCCUCACACCUGAGAGAACUGGAUCUGAGCCGUAACAAACCAGGAGACUCAGGAGUGAAUCUGAUCUCUGCUCUACUGGAGGAUCCACACUGUAAACUAGAGAAACUAUGGUGAGUGUUAUUAUAUUAUUGAACACAAUAACUGUGUAAAAAUGU